AUGAACAAGAUCAAACAAAUAAACCAAAUAAAUCAAAAGGAAUUAGCAUCAAACACAACAUCAUACAAAUCAUCAUGGCAUUACGAAUAUCGAGAUACAAAUUACAUAUUCAUCAGUAACAUCCCCCAUUCAAUCAAACCUCAUGACUUGGUCAUCAUCUUCAGUCAAUACGGUAUACCCACACACUUAAACCUAGUCAAGAAUCAUGAGACUGGUGGCCAUCGUGGAUUUGCAUUUUUAAAAUAUGCCAAUUUUAAAAGUUGUAUAUUGGCAAUUGAUAAUUUCAAUGGAAUUAAGAUUGGUGAUCGAAUGUUGCACGUUGAUCAUAGUUAUUAUAAAUUAAGACGAGGUGAGAAGGAGGAUGAUUACUUGAUUGAUUAUGAUGGAGUGAGGAGACAGAUGGAAGAAAACAGCCAAAGGGAAGAGAAGAAUGUCAAGUUGAUUGAGAAUGGUGAAGAAUCUGAACCAAAAGCUAUAGAGUACAAGUUCAAGUCAGAAGAAAAAAAUGAGUCCAAAGGUGAUGAAAACGAUGACUUUAUUGAUCCAAUGCAAAAUGUUGAGAAGACAGGUGAUCAAAAAGUAGGUAAUGAUGAAGAAGAUGAUGAGUUUGUUGAUCCUAUGCAGCAAUUUAUAACUGAACCAAAAAAGGAAUCAAGGGAAAAGAAACACAAGUCACAUAGAAGUAGUAGACAUAGAUCACAUCGAUCACACAAGCCAAGGGACAAGUCACCAUCAUAUAGAACAGAUAGAGAUCGAAGUCCAACACGAGAAAAGAAGCGAAAAGAGGAACCAAGAUCUGAAAAUGAAUAG